GAUAAAAUAAAAAAACAAAACAGUUUUAGGAAAAAAAUACUUUAAUACGUUGUUUGAUUGUCAAAAAUCAAUUUUAACGUCUUUGAAAAAAGGAAAUAUUUACUGUACUACAUUUGUUUGGAUAAAAUGCAAAAUAUUAAGCAAAAACGGCCACAAUCAACGAAGACAAAACGUCAAUUUCCGAAUCGAGCUAUUUUAGCCUGUAAAACCGUAAACAAUGCAAACCCUCAUCUUUCGCAAGAUGAAAUUUACAAAUUUUUUGAAAAUAGUCUUAAAAAUGAAGGUUAUUUAAUAGCUGUUAAAUAUUUUCAAGAACUUGUGGUUUUAGAAGAAAAUCUUAUUAGAACAGAUAUUCGUUUAAAAAAACGUGUUCGAGAUUAUUAUUGCUUACUCUUGGCAAUAGUUCAGAAUAUCAAAUUAGCGGAAGAUGCCUAUCGAACCGAUCCAAAAGACGAAAAGCUUACUCUUCGAUUACUUAUACAAACGGUUCAUAUGAUUCAAGCUCAAGACCUAGCCUUCAAUUGGUUGGUGAAGGAGAUUUUUAAAAUUAUUUUGAAACUAUCAAACAGUUGGGGCGAUGAAUGUUUAGAAGAUUUGUCUAGAGUGUAUUUUGAGUAUGGUAUCGUACUAGCAGAGAAAGAUGAGUGUCUGGAAGAAGCAAUCUCGUUUAUGGAAAAGUCCUUAGAUAAAUGCAAGGGAACCACAUGGUAUACCAACGAUAUGGAUCGAAAGUUCUUGGUCGAAGAUGUGUGUGCAAAGCUUUGUGAUACACUAUUACGACUUGCUGCUUUGAAUUUUAAAAAGAAUGUCUCUAAUUCAGCAAGUCUAGCCGAGAGAGCUUCUGAAGUUAUAUAUGGAGUUGGGAUAAAAGAAAGUGCCAACUUGUAUUGUUGUGCAAAAUUACGCCAAUCGGAAUACCUAGCCGCAAAGCAAAGGUAUCAAGAGGCCUUAGAUAUUCUUAAAAAUAUUGAAAAGCACAUAAUGGCAAACGAUUCUAAAAGGAAUAAAUGUGAAUUCUAUCUUAAUCUUGGAAUCUCUCAUUUUAAUGUUUCUUCUUCCGAUGCAAAUUUGGCACUCAGAAAAUUAAAGCUAUCUUUGAACUUGAGUAAUGAGAACAACUUCGCUGAUUUAAAAGCCAAAACUUUAUUGAACUUGGGUAAGAUACAUUCGAAAAAUCAUUCAACUCAUGUUGAAGCUAGAGAAUGUUUUAUCGAAGCAAAAGAUCUUUUUGGAAGACAAAGAGAUUUCGAAAAUGAAAAGCUCGCUAUAUUCUUGAUGGCACAAUUAAGGGCUCAUCAAAUUUUUCCAACUUAUUUGGAAUUGAUUAAAAAAGCUUCGAAGAAUAGUUUUUGUCAUAUGUACGAUUUGUUUCAAUGGCAACAAAAACUUAUACCAUUUUGGAAUGAAGAAGGAGAGUUGAGACAUUACGAGGAUGAUAUUGAAUGUAUUUUAAAGGAAAAUUUGGACUUGGAAGUUCAGCAAAUUGUUAAAUCAGUUGACUAAUUACAAACCGUUAGCAACAUUUUCUACAAAAUAGUAAAAUUGUUGUUUCCACCAAGGUUCUCUAAGAAAAUUUAAAAAAAAUAACGCAUACAAAAUUAAAAAGAAGCUAAAUAAAGCUACAAUGUUAACUAUGGUCAGUCAUUAUCUGUAUUUAAAAGAAUAAUAAAUUGAUGUCCAUUCAAAACGAGACUUCGUUUCCACCCUGAAAUAAACAUC